AUGGACUUUGUCGAGCGACUCCUCGACCACGGUGCGGACGUCAACCUUCUGGAUGCGCAGAACCAGUCAGCAUUAUACGCGGCAACACGUGAUAGUGAAGCAGAACUGGCCAAGCUGUUAGUAGAGAAGGGCGCCAACGUCAACGAACGGGACAGCGAGGGGUAUGCGCCUCUUCACAAGUUUGAUGUAUCAGAAUACCACGUUAAGCGCUUGGUCAAUGCCGGAGCAGACAUCAAUCUCCAGGACACGAAGAGGGGCGACACUCCUCUCACAAUAGCCGCCUACCGUGGCAUGCUAGAGCGCGUCCAGUACUUGCUGAAGCGCGGAGCAGACAUCCACCUCGGCUCCCGGUGUGACGGUGCUGCCAUUCACCAAGCUUGCCGAUAUUCUUGUUUUGACGUCCUCAAGUACCUUGUCGAGAACGGGGCCAAUGUGAACCAAGUCGGCGGCCUCAACGGCAAUGCUCUUAAUGCUGCCGCUUGCGCGGCGACGCCGGAUAUCGUCAAGUUGUUCCUCGACAAGGGAGCAGUUGUGGAUAUCAGAGAUCCGUUUGGUCGCAUGCCAGUUCACUCCGCUGCCUUCCACGGCAUCGACAUCCUCGAGGUCAUCCUCAACGCAGGGGGCGACGUCGGCGUGAAGGACUUCACUGGACGGACGGCACUGCAUUGGGCAGUGCAGCCGGGGAGGUUGCAGGCCGUCGAGAAGAUUAUAUCGCUGCUGCCGGACAAGAAGGCCGUUGACGAGCCAGACAUUGAUGGCUGGACGCCGCUUUGCUGGGCGGCU